UUAUAGAUAAUUUCUGUUUCAGAUUGACUGUUUUUGCAUCAGAACAUAUUCCCAUAAAUAUAGUAGAAACUGUGGAGGCAUCAGCAUUCUACAGGCAAUAUCUGGGCUCAACACUGUUAGGGAUACCCAUGAGUAUAGAAGAAAGACUGCUUCACUGGCCAGUUUUGAAGCCUAAAGAUAUGCGCUCAUUAGGCACCGGACAGCGCCAGAGUUGUGCUGAUGUUGUGCUUUCAUCAGUGGGAUGGAUUGCAGUAACAGGAUACAGAAAUCAUGUGAUAGAAUUGAGAGGCUGGACACCCGGGGGACGGGGAAUACACUUGAGAGAACCGUCCAUGUUACCACUUGCUGUCAAUCUCAAGGGUGAUCGAAUAGGAAACUCACCUGCUUAUAAACCACACAAAUUAUUUGUUUCAAAAUAGAGUGAGAAUUAUAAACAAGCUAAUUAAAGUCGUAAAUGCAGAUAAAAUA